AAUUGAGUCCCAGGUGUAGGGACUGGAAGUUCUGCAUUUUGUUUCCGGUUUUGCGCAGAGAUUUCUGGGAGUUAAGGGUCGCAAUGGUUCGUGAGUGAGCUUCUGAAGGCACUGCGUCGAACCCCCGCCACAAACAGAAGAUGACAACAGCAGCCAGGCCAACUUUUGAACCUGCAAGAGGUGGGAGAGGAAAAGGAGAAGGUGAUUUGAGCCAGCUCUCCAAGCAGUAUUCAAGCAGAGACCUUCCCUCUCAUACAAAGAUAAAGUACAGACAAACCACACAGGAUGCCCCUGAAGAGGUUCGCAACCGUGACUUCAGGAGAGAGUUGGAAGAGAGGGAGAGAGCUGCUGCAAGGGAGAAAAAUAGGGACCGUCCAACCCGAGAACACACAACUUCCUCUUCGGUGUCCAAGAAGCCCCGCUUAGACCAGAUUCCUGCUGCCAACCUUGAUGCUGACGAUCCUCUCACAGAUGAGGAAGAUGAGGAUUUUGAAGAGGAAAGCGAUGACGAUGACACUGCAGCUCUUCUUGCAGAGCUAGAAAAGAUCAAGAAGGAGAGAGCUGAAGAGCAGGCCAGAAAGGAGCAAGAACAAAAAGCAGAGGAAGAGAGAAUUCGCAUGGAAAACAUUCUGAGUGGAAACCCUCUCCUGAAUCUCACGGGCCCGUCCCAGCCUCAGGCCAACUUCAAGGUUAAAAGAAGGUGGGACGAUGAUGUUGUUUUUAAGAACUGUGCAAAGGGUAUAGAUGAUCAAAAGAAAGACAAAAGAUUUGUAAACGAUACGCUGCGAUCUGAAUUUCACAAAAAGUUCAUGGAGAAAUAUAUCAAGUAGUACAGUUUUAUGUGCUUAAUUAAAGAUAAAGUGUCCAGGAUC